AUGCUCGGCGACGGUCGUGAUGUUCCUGGCAGAAGGGAGCAGAAACUUACGAAUAAAAGAGAGGAGACGACACAGGAGUGCACAGCCGCCCAUGAAGCUGGAGCGGCUGCUAAGAAGGCGAAAAGAAAAUCGACAGGUCUAAAUGCCACGAUGCUGCCUGCAACCGACAUGAUGACAGGGGGCACUGAGAUCAUGACCGGUACAACAGAUGAUGACAAUCCAGCAAAAAUCCAACAAGAGAACGUGAUGAAAUCGACGUAG